AUGCUGGAGGUUCGUCAAUUUGGAACAAAGGUCGGACAGGCUGCAAUAAAAUUGAUACGAAAGAAGACUCUUUCUGUCAAAAACAGACAAAAAGCAAACAAGAACAUAUUUUUCCAGCUAAAGGCUUUCUUUAGGUUUGGUUGCCUACUUUUAAGAUUUUAUGGGAUCCCGCGCUCGACGAUUCUUUUGUUCGAGAACGCCCCUGUCUCGCAAACAUCUAAAAGCAGUAAGAAGAAGGAAGUCCAAGAAAAAGACGAUAAUUUGAUAAAGAGGGGCGACGAAGUAAGGGAAAACGUGUUAACCUUCUGGCAUCCUUCCGCCAAUACGGAGCGUACAGGCCUGAAAACGCAGACGAAUCCGGCAAGAAAAUCUCCAAUAAUGCUCACUCCACGCGUCAGAAUACGUCUUCCGAAGACUUCAACCAAGAAUUCGUAG